AUGACCAACAGUAAUCCAGAUAUCCGUCAAAAUGGCUUCGCAGCUUCAUAUCCCACCGGCCCUCACACGUCAUCUGUGGUGACUGUCAUAUCCCCUCCAGCGGCCAGCAAGCUCUGCCAUGGAUCCCAUAUCAAUCUCCACGUCCGCCCUCGUUUACGCCCGUUCGCCCAUAAAAAGAAACGCUCGACAGACCAAAAUUUCUCCGAGCAAGAUCCCCAUAGCCAGACCUUUGACCAGGCUACUACAAAAUCAACACCUGCACGCCAUUCAUCCUCCUCGCAGCAUCACCCCGAACGACCCUCGAAACCCAUUCUGACCCCCUGCCAUAUCUGCUAUCGUCGGCCAACCAUGCGUUCACAGUUGGACGCGUAUGCUAACUGUGAAUUAUGCAGCGAACGGACAUGCUAUAUCUGCCUACGAGAGUGUGACGGGCCGGACUGUCGUGCAGGUGUUAUGGAUACGUCAAAUUCGGAUUCGUUUCAACAUGAGUCCCUGGGACGGAAAAUGUGCUCUUGGUGUGCGGUGGAAGGAGUGACGGAUUCUGGAGUGGAUGUGGUUUGGUGCGUCGACUGCGUGCAGCGUGAAAGAGAAGGCUGCCAGGACGAUGCCUGGAUGGGUGGAUGA